CUCAAAAUUUUUUAUCACGAGGCGACAACAAGACGGCCAUCGCCAUACGAUUUUUUUAUUUCAGAAAUCAAAAAAAUCUAAUUAAUUUACGUAUGGUUGAGAUUUAAACGUUUUUUAAUUUGUAAAUAUUCAUCGUCUUUGAUUCCGCACUCAUGCCGCGACGUGGAGUUCAACCCCAAGGGUUAUUCAGCAAGAGGCUGUAUAUCGAUGGUAAAGAUCAUUUAUUAGGAAAAUUGGCUUCCUAUGUCGCCAAAGCUUUACUUCAAGGUAAUCGCGUCGUAGUCUUCAAUUGCGACAAGAUCAACAUCGCUGGAAGUUUUUACAGAAAUAAAAUUAAGUACUUGUCGUUCUUACGUAAACGCUGUAACGUCAAUCCAGCCAGAGGACCUUAUCAUUACCGUGCUCCUAGAUGUAUUUUCCGUAAAUGUGUUAGAGGUAUGAUCCCUCACAAAACCACUCGCGGUGACCGUGCUCUUAAACGUCUCAGAACUUUUGAAGACAUUCCCGCCCGAUACACUAAACAGAAAACUUUCGUCGUACCUCUCGCCAUGCGUGUACUAUCUUUGCAACUCGGAAGAAAAUACUGCACCAUUGAUCGUCUAUCGCACGAAGUCGGCUGGAAAUACAAACACGUCAUCGAAGAUUACGGAAAGAGAAGGGUCAAGAGAGAAGAGCUCAACGCUAAGAAAUUAGCUGUGAAGAGGAAAUUAACCAGAAAAGCAAAGAAAGUUGCGAAGAAAGCAUUGGAACCUUACAACGAGAUCAUUCGACAAUAUGGAUAUCACGCUUAAAUCUUACGACUUGUUUUUAUCUAAUAAACCAUUGUAAAAAAUU